CGCAGCUGUGAUUGGUCAAGAAGCGUGGGUGGGGCUUUCACUGGAGUUCACAUCUUAUAAUUUUCAGCCAAUCUGGAACGUCUACUGAUACCACUCUCAAUUAUCGGUCCUUCGUUACCACAUUCGUAAGCUCUGCACCGUCCAUUUACAUCUCCAAAAAGUAUAAAAGGUCUGGUCCUUUCUCCAAAUAGACAUUCCGGCGAUUGUCGUCAACUAGCAAGCUUAUCUCUACUUCAGGAGCACAACAGCGUCAACUUCAUGUAAGAUGAAGGCUUAUAUCUGCUUGGUCGUUCUGGUGUGCCUGGGCUCUGUCUUCGCGGCUGAAACUAACAAAGCCGACGAGGUUGCUGUGAAACAAUAUGAAGGAGCACCCUGUGGUUAUGAUUAUCCACCGUGCGAUCCCGGCUUGACCUGCAUGCCAUGGGGAGUGUGCGAAUAUGCUCACAAGAGAAUGGCAAAUGUUGAAGCCGACGAGGUUGCUGUGAAACAAUAUGAAGGAGCACCCUGUGGUUAUGAUUAUCCACCGUGCGAUCCCGGCUUGACCUGCAUGCCAUGGGGAGUGUGCGAAUAUGCUCACAAGAGAAUGGCAAAUGUUGAAGCCGACGAGGUUGCUGUGAAACAAUAUGAAGGAGCACCCUGUGGUUAUGAUUAUCCACCGUGCGAUCCCGGCUUGACCUGCAUGCCAUGGGGAGUGUGCGUAUAUGCUCACAAGAGAAUGGCAAAUGUUGAAGCCGACGAGGUUGCUGUGAAACAAUAUGAAGGAGCACCCUGUGGUUAUGAUUAUCCACCGUGCGAUCCCGGCUUGACCUGCAUGCCAUGGGGAGUGUGCGUAUAUGCUCACAAGAGAAUGGCAAAUGUUGAAGCCGACGAGGUUGCUGUGAAACAAGAUGAAGGACCACCCUGUUUUUAUGUUUAUCCAUCGUGCGAACGCGGCUUGACCUGCAUGCCAUGGGGAGAUUGCGAAUAUCCUUACAAGAGAAUGGCAAAAUAUUGAAGAUUCCAAAUGCCAACAGCCUUGGGAUGAUGAAGUCGCAAUUGAUUAUUUAUUACGGUGUAGGGAUUAAGUUGUAUUGUCUUUGCCUUGUUCGAGUUAAAUGAGACUUUUUGCAUCUACAUGUAAUUGAAAUUCCCCCAAGGAUUAAAAGUUGACAAAGCUAACUCCCGUGAGUAAAUUUAUGACAUAUUUUUCGAUUACUAUUUAAUCUGAUCCUAAUCAGAAUCUUUAUCUGGAAAUGAACAACAACACCCGAUGGGUGUCACGAUUGUGAAGCUACCACUGCGAGUUUCUCUGACACAACUUCCUCCUUUGCAUCGCAUUUAUUUAGCAUGUUGUCUUGUUAUUACAUAGGCCUUUCUUUACAGCUUGCUGAAAUCAGUUUUCGCUUACAAGACAUUAGACAGUGAAUUAUGAAGACUUAAAACUGACCUGUAGGCAGAUGAAACAAAUCAUACGCUAUAUCUGAACUAAACAAAAGCAUGAAAAGUCAUUCUGGGUGGUGGGUCUUAAUUAUUGUAAUCACACUUUUAAGAUUUCUGUUGAAUAAAUGCUGUUGGCAUGGUAUGAGCUCCUGCGACCAAAGUUA